AUGGGCCGGGGGCGCCCUCGACGAACGGGGGGGGGGCGCGGCAACGCAGGGACCCCCCCGCCACUGCCGCCGCCGCCGCCGCCGCCGCCGCCGCCGCUGCCGCCCUUUAAGACCCGCAGGCCCUCCCCCACCGCCCUGGCCAACCGCAACAAGUACGCCAACGCCCUGCGCCUGGUCGAGGCCUACCGCACCCACGGGCAUGUCCUGUCCUCCCUGAACCCCCUGGCCCCGGCGGCCGCCGGGCAGAAGCAGGACUCGCAGGCGGUGGAGACCCGGCGCCUGCUCAACCCGGCCCUCUACGGCCUGACCCUGGAGGACACCAUCUCCACCGAGGGCAUUGUGGCCGACCUGCCGGCCGAGGUGACCGUCGCCGAGCUGAUCGCCACCCUGGACCGCACCUACUCCGCCUCCAUUGGGUACGAGUUCACCUACCUGCCGACCGAGGCCGAGCGCGAGUGGUUCGCCUCGGCGGUGGAGCGCCUGGCCGCCGCCCCGGCCACCGAUGCCGCCACCAGCAUGCGCAUGUGGGAGCGCAUGAUGCGCUCCGAGGUCUUCGAUCAGUUCAUGACCAAGCGCUUUGCCCAGGUCAAGCGCUACGGCUGCGAGGGCAUCGAGUCCAUGCAUGUCGGCCUGGAGGCCAUCUUCGAGGCGGCCAACCGCGCCGGCGUCUCGGACAUCGUCCUCGGCAUGCCCCAUCGCGGGCGCCUCAACCUCCUGACCGAUCUGAUGGGCCUCCCGGCCGAGGCCCUCUUCCACAAGCUGGCCACCGGCGAGAGCGAGCUGCCCCCGGAUGCCAUUGCCUCCGGCGAUGUGCUGUCUCACAUUGCCGCCUCCGUGGACCUGGCCUUCGGUGGCGAGGGCUCCCCGGCCACUCACAUUUCCAUGCUGCACAACCCGUCGCACCUGGAGGCCGUCAACCCGGUGACCACCGGCAAGGCCCGUGCCAAGCUCACCAUGAAGGAGGCCUUCACCCCGGGGGUGACCUCCGCCCAGCCGGACCUGUCGGUGCUGGCCCUGCAGGUGCACGGCGAUUCGGCCUUCGCCGGGCAGGGCGUCGUCCCGGAGACCCUGCUCCUGGCCAACAUUCCCCACUACACCACCUACGGGUCGGUGCAUGUGGUGGUCAACAACCAGGUGGGCUUCACCACGCAGAACCGCAAUGCCCGGUCCACUCGCUACGCCUCGGAUGUGGCCAAGUCCAUCAGCGCCCCGGUCAUCCACGUGAAUGCCGAGGACCCGGAGGCCGUUCGCGCCGUAUUCACCCUGGCCACCGAGUACCGCCAGACCUUCGGCCGUGAUGUGGUCCUGGAUCUGAUUGGCUUCCGCCGCUGGGGCCACAAUGAGCUCGAUGAGCCGGCCUUCACCCAGCCGCUCAUGUAUGCCGAUGUGCGCGCUCGCGAGUCGGUCGUCACCAAGUACGAGCGUGAUGUCAUCCUGGCCAAGGGCCACGCCUCGGCCGAGGAGCUCCAGCAGCGCCGCGCCGCCUAUGAGGCCGUCCUGGAUGCCGCGCUCGAUCGCUGCCGGUCGUAUGUCCCCCCGAAGGAGGAUCUGGCCGGUCGCUGGACCGGCAUCGAGCGCUCGCCCGCCUGCCGCAGCCACGAGACCGCCCCGGUUACCGGGGUGCCGAUGGAGCGCCUCCUGGCCGCCGGCCGGGCUUCGGUCACCGUGCCGGACACCGUGCAGCCGCAUGAUCGCCUGGUGCGCACGCACCUGCGCAACCGCCUCCGCCGCCUGGAUGCCGGGGAGCCGGUUGACUGGGCCACCGCCGAGGCCAUGGCCUUCGGCACCCUGCUGGCCGAUGGCCAGGUUGUCCGUCUGUCCGGCCAGGAUGUCGGCCGUGGCACCUUCAGCCAUCGCCAUGCCAUGCUCGUGGACCAGACCUCCGAUGAGGUCCAUGUUCCGCUCAACUCGGCCCUCCUCCCGGCCCUGGAGGAGGCCGGUGUGGCCGGGCCGGCCCCGGUCGGCCGCAUCGAGCUGGCCAACAGCCCGCUGUCGGAGCUGGCCGUCCUCGGCUUCGAGUAUGGCCACUCGCUUGACACUCCCAACACCCUGACCCUGUGGGAGGCCCAGUUCGGUGACUUCUGGAACACCGCCCAGGUCAUGGUCGACACCUUCACCACCUGCAGCGAGACCAAGUGGCUGCGCCAGUCCAGCCUGACCAUGCUCCUGCCGCAUGGCUACGAUGGCACCGGCCCGGAGCACUCGAGCUCUCGCAUCGAGCGCUUCCUCCAGCUGUCGGAUGAGCCCUUCGCCAAGCUUGACGGCAACAUGCCCCUGCCGAACGUCAUCAUCGCCAACCCCACCACCCCGGCCCAGUACUUCCACAUCCUGCGUCGCCAGCAGGCCCGCUCUUUCCGCAAGCCCCUGGUCCUGGCCACCCCGAAGACCCUGCUCCGCCUGCCGGCCGCCGUCUCCCCUCUGGAGGAUCUGACCCCGGCCUCCGGCGGCUUCAAGCCGGUCCUGGCCGACCCGGCCUUCGCGGACGGUCGCGCCUACUCGGCCGAGCGCGUGCUCCUUUGCUCCGGCAAGCUGUACUACGAGCUGGUUGCCGAGCGCGCCCGCCGUGGCCUCGACGACAAGGUGGCCAUCGUCCGGGUGGAGGAGCUGUCGCCCUUCCCGUUCGAUGCCCUGCGCGAGACCCUCGACCAGUACUCCAACGCGGUCAACUGCUCCAACAACCUGGUUUGGGUCCAGGAGGAGCACCAGAACCAGGGCCCGUGGACCUACGUCCAGCCUCGCAUUAACAGCCUGUACGCCUCGGAGGAUGUCAUGUACGCGGGCUCCGGCGAGCCGGCCGGCAUUCGCUACGUCGGUCGGGCCCCGCUCGGCUGCCCGGCCACCGGCAUCUCCAAGGUCCACCAGGCCGAGGUGGCCAAGAUCUACGAGGAUGCCUUCACGGCCUAAGGAGGAGAGCCGCGCGCGUCUCCGGUCUUCCGCUCGGGUGAAAAUCGCCGACCGGUGUCCCGGCCAUGAUGCUGCUGCUGUUGCUGCUGCUGC